AUGAAUUCCGAAGAUACCUACCGUUCUGUGCAAGAGCGCUACGCAGAUGUUGCGAAUCAUGCUCUCCCUGAUAAUCAGGGAGCCUAUGAACGAAACGUCGCAACCGCAUUCGGGUAUGAUUUAGAGGAUUUACGCUCUAUUCCCAACAAUGCGAAUCUAGGUGUCAGCUGUGGGAAUCCAUUAGCAACGGCCAAUAUUCGUGUGGGCGAGACUGUGGUUGAUCUAGGUAGUGGCGGAGGUCUUGACGUUUUGCUCGCCGCAAAGAAGGUUGGACCGGAAGGAAAGGCUAUAGGUAUUGAUAUGACGAAGCAGGAUAUGCUAGAAUUGGCACGUCGAAACGCAAGAAAUGCUGGGGCCUCUAAUGCGUCGUUUAUCGAGGCGUUCAUUACUCGUGUCCCGUUACCGUCAUCCACCGUUGAUUGCAUCAUAAGUAACUGUGUGGUGAACCUGGUGCCUGAAUCUGAAAAACCCCUUGUGUUUCAAGAGAUGUUUCGCUUGCUGAAGCCGAGGGGUAGAGUUGCAAUCAGCGACAUUCUUGCAACGAGAGAACUUCCGAUGGAGAUAAAAAAAGACCUCUCCUUGUAUGUUGGCUGUAUAGCUGGGGCUAGCCAGGUCAGCGAUUAUGAAAGAUACUUAAAAGAUGCGGGGUUUCAAGAUUCCUUGAUUCUGAACACCAACAGCGACCUGAAUAUCUACAAGGACAUGUGGCAAACGGAAAAGGCUAAUAACUCCGGCUCCACCGGCUCGUGCUGUGAUUCUGGGAGACUUAGUUCAUCUAUGGAGACAGAGGAAUUGCCAGACGUAGAUUUCAACUUUUGGACUGGUGAGAUAACCUGCAAAUAA